UCAGCUUCUCGAUAGGUGGAGCUACAGGACCUGUGCUGUGGAAGAUUGGUGUGUGAUGUAGCAAUGACAGGACGAGGAAUUUCUUACUUUUGAUGGAAAACUGAUGGAAGAAACUCAUAAAAACAAGUUGUCUCUGAUAGCAAAACUGCACAUGCACAAGCACAGGGAAGUAAAAGCUACAGAAGUGGGAAUGAGCUAUUGGGAUUCCACAGUUUUGCAAGGACAACGUGAACAAUUGACUUUCAAACGCAAUGGUUUAGCGAGGGAAGACGCCUGCAGGAGGAGUCAGCGAACAAAAAAGAAACUUAUGGCCAUGGAGGCUCCUCAUCGCCUUCCUCGACUAAGGUCGACUACAUUUCCUCUAGAUCCUGCUAGAACUUUACUACAUCAUUCUGUUCGUGGAAGUAAAAGAAGUAGAACUACAGCAAACAUUAUUCCAUCAGAUUCUAUGCCCAUAAAAGACAAAAUAAAUUUGAAAACUGCUGAUGUGUUAAGGCACAUAGAUGCAAAGGAUACUAGACAUGUACAUCAAACAGCAAUAUCUAUUGCUUUUGAAGAAAACGACUUGAGACGGCGAAUAGAAGAAGAAAAGAGAAAACAGAGACAGUUGCAGAGGAGUUUUGAAAUAGCAAGGAAGGAACAUCAGCAGGAAAGAUUGCAUGAAUUGCGACAGUUGGAAAGGGAACGAGAGAGGCUUAGAGCAGAAGUGCAGUGUCGAGUGAAGAGUGAACACCAUCUCAGCCGGAUGUUAUUCCAGCAAGGACUCCAUAUAGCCAGUCCUAGCAUAGCAAGGUUGCAAAAUGCUCGAUUGGUAGCAGAACAUCAAGGAGAAAUUGUAGAAACUACCAAAGACAACAAACAAAUAAAACUGGAAUCAAAUACUGAAAGCAAUCAGAUGAGACUCCAGUGGGAACUGAUGAAAAGACCCACACGAAAGUGA